AUGGGUGAGAAGCGCCAAGGAGAUAUCGAGGACGACGGCGACGACGCCAAGCGUCUCAAGCCGGACGACGAGGUCAAUGGCGACGGGUCGGAGGAGGACGAGGACGGGGACGACGAGACGGGAUCCGAUGAGGACGAGGACGAGGACGAGGACGACGAGGAAGGGGACACCGACGGCGACUCCGAAGAGGAGGAAGAGCUGGACCUGGUGAUGCGAGAGGACGGUAGAGUGCACGCUCCCGCGGUCGACUACCUCGAGCUCGACACGUUCCGGACGUUCCCCGACCUCGUCCAGGGGCUGGACCAGGAUGCGAAGCUGCACGCGCGCAUCCUCGCCGACUGCCGGAGGGUCUUCACCGCCAGGAGCGUCAAGAAGAACGCCGGCGGCGGCGCCAAGCAGCAGUACAGCUCCGGGGAGACGUUCUGGAUCGCCGCCCAGGACGAGCCGAGGUGCGCGCUGGAGCACCUCGCGCAGCAGAUAUUCCACCUGCACGUCACGGACGCGGCGAGGCGCUGGGAGGAUGAGUGCGAGGGAGACCCGGACGCGCCGCCCCCGUUCGACCCGGCGCGAUCGGGCGCGGAGUGGUGGACGCAGGUCAUCGAUCCGACGCACGACGCCAUCGGACUGCACUGGGACAAGGACUACGCCCUGGAGCACAACGACCUCAACGUGCACCCGCACGUGGGAACGGUGACCUACUUCGCAAACGAGGGCGCGCCCACUUUGUUUGUCCGCGCGACGACGCCGGUGUACUACGGGCAGCCGGUGACCGGGCCGUUCGGACCGAGGUGCGGGGUUAGCCCGGACGACAUGGCGGACCCGCCGGGCGGGACGGGCGUGUACCUGUCGUGGCCGAGAAGAGGGAAGCACGCGUCGUUUGACGGUAAGUGGCUGCACGGCGCGCCCGGCGAACUCGCGGAGUGUCGCGACGAAGAAGACUGCGAGGACGGCGAGGAAAAAGGGGGCGAGGAAAAUGGGGACAAAGGUAACACAGGGAACAAAGGGAAGGCGGUCGGGGCCGGGAACGGCGAGGGUAAGGGUCCGAGGGUGACGUUUUUGGUGAACGUGUGGCUCAACCACGUCCCUUCCACCGCCGCGCCGUGCCCGGAGGACGUCGUGAAGGACCUGUCCACGGAGCCGUACCUGCCGGAGAUUGAGAACCCGGACGACGUGGACGAGGACCCGCCCGCGAUGUUCUCGGUGAUGGGUAACUACGAUACCGUGUUCAAGGAGAUGUCUUGGGAGUUUGAGCACGACGGUAGGACGCACGCGCUGAGGGUGUACGACAUACCCAAGCGUUGGGUGAGCAGGGAGGCGGGCGGCGGCGGGUG